GCCAAGGGGCUUAGCCAAGACAGGAAGCCCCACACCCGGAGGCCUUAAAGAGAAAGCUGAGGCAGGGGCAGAGGAUGUAUGUCCAGGAUUCUGCCUGCAGAGUCCAAGAAGAGGGUAAGUGACAGGGGCCCCUGCCUCUGCCCAGAGCCUCAGCCAGAGAGCCUGGGGCAAAGCUGGACCUCCAGCCCUGUCCUCCAUCGGGACCCAGGGCUCCAGAUCCCACACGCUCGGUGGGCCUGAUCCCUCCCAGGCUGGGAAGGGGCUGACCCCAAUGUGGGUCCCCUGGUUCUCUCUUGCAGAACCUGCAGGAUGAAGGCUCUCCCCCUCCUCCUCCUCCCAGUCCUGUGGCUGCUGGUGUGUGGCAACUCACUGUGUCCCAUGGAUGAAGCCCUCAAUGAGAAGAUCCAAGAUGCCACCAGUUUCCUAAUACUUGACGUAAUAAGGAAAGUUCGCCUGGACUGCCGGAGUGUCACCUCCAGGGGGGACCUGGUCACCUGCCCCUCAGGCUUCGCUGUCACCGGCUGCACGUGUGGCUCUGCCUGUGGCUCGUGGGAUGUUCGCGCCGAGACCACAUGCCACUGCCAGUGCGCAGGCAUGGACUGGACAGGAGCCCGCUGCUGUCACCUGCAGGCCUAGUAGCCUAAAGUUGCACCUGCCUACGGGAUGGGCCUGGAGGGCGUGGCCAGCCUCAGAGGGGUGGGGUCAUGCCUCGGAGGGGCGGGGCUAGAAAUAAAGGCUGAGAAGAGGAUGGAGAGGGCCUGGGCCCUGUGCUGUGUCUUCUGUGGGGUGUGGGAGACUGAGCUGGCGUCUCCAAAAAGAGCGAGGCGCGUAGUCACCAGAGGGAGGUGGGUGGGGGGACAACUGCGACUUUCUUCUGCCCCAUUCCCCCCUCCUCCC